GUGCCGAGAAGCAAACCUGGCAACCCGCAGCCUGCAUGGCGAGCUGCCUGCGCGGAAGCAAACCUGGCAGCCGCGAGCAGAGGCGGAACCGACAAAACUAAGCUUCAUUUUUCUCCUUUUCAACAAAUUAAAAUUAAAGUGCGCGCUCAUUUUGAGCUUUCCUGCUUCAGCUGUAGUUGUUUUUUUUCUUUUUCUUUUUCUCUCCCCACCUAAACGUGAGAUGAGGAAAUAAUUGUUUGGAUGUGACACUUCCCGUGCGGACUUUUUUGGGGCUUGAUUGUGGACAUUUUUCUUUUACUUCUUGUUGUUCUUGCACAACAAGCAUGGACGUGCUGGCUAAUUACAGUAUUUUCCAGGAACUCCAACUGGUGCACGACACUGGUUAUUUCUCCGCGAUGCCUUCCCUGGAGGAAAACUGGCAGCAGACAUGUCUGGAGUUGGAGCGUUACCUCCAGACGGAGCCCAGGAGACUGUCGGAGCUCCUGGACGAGGACCUGGACCGUUUCCUGGCGCCUGCCCUCGCACAAGGCAGCGACAGUGAUGAGGAGCUUAUUGAUCCUCUCCUGGCCGGCUUCCCGGCGCAGCCCAGCCCGCUUCCCAAAGUCCACGCCAAACUCUUUCAGACUUUGACGGACAGCAAAGAUCAGGUCAUGGUGGCGGGGGUCAGCGCCGCCCAGCUGAGCGCCGCCGUCACGUCGCUAACGCCGCCCUCGUCCCCUGAGUUGGGGCGCCACCUAGAGAAGCAGGCGAGCGGCGCGCUCACGCUCAAGUUGGUGGCCAAGAAGGUCGGCCUGGGGGCGGCCAAACUAGGGGCGGCCAAACUAGUGGCGGCCCGAGCGCUUACGUCUCCUCCGCCGUCCAAGCCCCCGAUGACGGCAGGGGGGCCGCUCAGUGACGCCGACCUGGGAGGAGGGCUCGGCCUGGCUGGGGACUCGGUUGAGAACAAGAAGAGAAUACACCGGUGUCAGUUUAACGGCUGUCGCAAAGUUUACACCAAGAGCUCGCACCUGAAGGCGCACCAGAGAACGCACACAGGCGAGAAGCCGUACAAGUGCUCGUGGGAAGGGUGCGAGUGGCGCUUUGCCCGCAGCGACGAACUGACGCGACACUACCGCAAACACACCGGCGCAAAGCCCUUCAAGUGCAACCACUGCGACAGGUGUUUCUCCAGGUCCGACCAUUUGGCACUGCACAUGAAACGCCACGUCUGAAGGGGGCGCUACCGCAAAGCAGGACAAAACAAGAAGAAAGAAGAAGCCUGUCCACCAUCACCUGGUGUCAGAAGAGAAGGGAAAAGAGGAGGAGUAGUAGUUAGAUUGUCAGUUUUCAUUCACUUACACACUCACUGUUUUUUACGUGCCGUCUUCAAACGCAUCACGCCAGUUAAGCGUCUAGAAUUUUCUCAGAAAAUAAUCGUCAUAUGCUCCUAUUUGUACAAUCAAACUUUUGGGGUUUUUUUUUCGGGUGGCAAUUAACCACGAGAACGCCAUCCGGCUGAAGAAAACAACACAAUCUGACAUCCGAGAGACUUGCCGCCCUCUUGUCGGCUCUCCUCCGCCGCAAUGGACCCUUUUGGGCGGGAAAAAAAUGCGCAGCGACACUUUGAUUAUUUUUUUUCCUACUGGGAGAACCACAACGUUUCUUCUUGAUGACACUUUUUGCUCUUUUUCUCGUUUAGAGAAAAUGUCUGAACUCAGCAAAAUGUGAGAGGACUGGGCAAUCAAAGAAACAGGAAGUGCAUUUUUGUAAACUUUGUGCCACAUGAUGUGUGCGGUCAAAAGGGACACCACUAACUAUCUGGUGAGUUUUCCGCCAAGUUAGCUACCAAGUUAGCUGGUAAGUAAGGCGCUAAGUUACCCACUAACUCAGCCACUCACUUAACUGCUAACUUUGCUGCUAACUUGAUAUCCAAUGACUGCACUUUUUUUUCUAAUGUUCAACUCAUUCUUUUUUUGUACUGCAAACAGAAAAAAUACAAAAAAAAUGGAAGAAAACCACUAAAAACACACAAAAACACAUGCUGAACACACAAACUGUUCAUGUUCAAAUGGUUUUUCGCACGUAACUACUAAGCAUAGUUUCUUUUUCUGAUAACAAAUGAUCUGAUUCUGAUUUCCAUGGCAACGUUUUCUCGAUCCGCUUCUGUCAUGAUUUUCUCUUUGGAAACAUGAACCAUCGACAUUCAAACAUAGUCGCUGGAAAAUCCUCCUUCCCUGGUGCCGCCGAUGGCAUAAAUAUCCCAAGGGUGGUCCGCAGUGCAGCUCGGAACAAUCAAAACCAAAAACCUCCAAAGUGGAUUCAUCAUUUUGAGGCAGCUCCACCACGUUUUUGUACAGGGGGAAUGGGGGUACGACAAAAAAAAUUCACCGCCAUUAGCCCCUUUCACGCUGACCAUCACAGCCAUUUUUUCUAACCUGGUUUGCCGUUGUGUGUUACAGUCACCUAGCGAAUUUCUCGGUUUCUGAGGUAGAAUCAAGAAGGCUGUGUAAAAGGAAGACGGUGGGAAUUUUAACAACGAUUAAAAACGAUUGUCCGACAAAUAUACUUACUUAGCUUCUGUAUGAAAGACUUCAACCUCUCAAAAUUGGCAAUUUACAGUCUCUGUGUCCACAAAAGUGCUUGGAAUGAGACGUACAAUCACAGAAGGACGCUAGUAGCACUUUUCAAAGCACCAACAUAUGAUUGUGUCUGUGGGAAACUUCUGUUUGAUAGAAAUUAUUAUUACAAAACUGUUUUCCCAUGCUUACGCCUCGCUCACCUUGGCUUAGUUUGUUUCGGCUUGACUCCCAAGCUAGCUGUCGAUUAGCAUUAGCACUAUUAGCAACCCACAAGUGAGUAGCGAAUGAAGCUCUUUUGGGUGCACAGGGACAACGCAUCAGAAAAAAAAGGGGGGAAUGUGAGGUGUUCCAGAGGUUUAAUUGUGUCAGACUCCAUUAGCGAUGCGCUAACAAAAGAUCAUCUUAGCAUAAACGGCCACUACAUACAAAAACUGGCCUUCUAGUGUAAGAUAUUUUGGCUUGCAGGGCCCAAUUAGCUGUUUGAGCUAUAGCUUUUGUGUAGUUAAGUCAUGUUAGCGCCGCACUAGCACCUACUAGACGGAGGCAACCUUAGCAUCAGCGGAGGUCCUCUUUGGGUUAGUUUUAGCUAAGGGUUAAGAUUGUUGACUCCAAAUGAUUCCAAAGAGAGACUUACCAGCCAAUCAUGGAAUAGGACUGGCUGAAUUAGAUGGUGCAAUCUCACCAGUCGCCAGCUAUGUCUGUUAGCUUUUGUAAAUAGCGUGACUUCCUUAGCCACUUUCUGCUUUAGUUCUUGCCAACGUUGCACUACGUGAUCACAAUUCUUGCACUGCUAUCUCAUUAGCCGGCUAGCAUAGCCUCGUUGCACUUGUCGCACAUCUGCCACGCCACCAGGACAACAGCACGCCACAUAUCCGACACCUGUUAAUCAAAUGCCUUGACACUCAGUCAUGUGACUCUCUUGGCGUUGCUGCUAUCACAUGACUCAUUAGCCACAUUAGCUUUUUUUUUUAACUGAAAUCUGUCACCUAUUUGUUGAGAAUUCAGGAAAAAGUCACUCGUCAAACAAACUGUAAAUUGAAAAAACAUUUUUUUUUUUAUUUAAUUCUCAAUAUUUUCGGCGAAAGAUUUUUGCCUCUGUAAUUUUGUGCGUGACAUUCUGAGUUGUAAAAACGUCUUGUUGGUGUGACUCAAUGGUGCAAUGCGGUACUGCAAUAGCAAUAGCUCCAGGCAUUGAAUUGACUAUGACUGUUUUUAAUUGGCUUAUAUUCAUGUUUGAACAAAAAGUUAAAAAAAAUAGUACAAAUAUUCAAAUCAAGAUCUAGGCUUUUAGCUGUGGUCACUGAGUCUCAAAUCAUACUCAUUAGCUUCCUUAGCAUCUGUUAAGCACAUUUCUACAACCCAAACACACCACCAUUAUUUUUUUGAUUUUUGUAAGAAAGUCACAUCACAACAAAAUCACAAGUUGAAUAAUGUCCUUUUCUGGAAUUUUACUAUUUCUGGACAUUGCAAUGAAAUCCUGACAAAAAUAUUUGACAUACACUUGAGUGACUCAAUGGCACCCCCAAAGAGGCAAAGUGGUACUUCAUCUAAGCACUAGUUUGGUCAUUCAAUUAUUUUUCUAAAUCAUUUUGAAUCAUCAAUUAACGAGAUGUUAAAAGUGACAUUUUUCAGGGGGGGAGGGGUACUCUGAUCAUAUCAAUUUUCUUUGUGGUUACUGAGUCCCAUUGCCGACACCUUUUUUGCUGUACAAAGUGUUGAAAUGAUAUGAUUUGUAUGAUACGACAUUAUGUUGUUUAUUGAUGAGGGAGAGUUUAUUUUUGUUACUGGAUGUGUUUGAUAAUUGUUUUUUCUAAAUUGGUAUUGUAUCAUAUCUAUGCAACAAGUGUCCAGUGGAGCCUUUUUAUUUAAGAAUGUACAAAUAUGUGUAAUAAAUCGUAGAAUCUCAA